CGUGAAAACGAGAAAGAGCUGCCACAGGGUGCCACCGUUGCCUAGCAACUGUUAGGGGGCGGAGUUAAGCGGACAUUCCUUUGAAGUAUGACGUCAUCAGGAUGACGACAUCAGGAUGUAAAGUGAAGAGUUCACCGAGUCCAUCCCAUUUCCUACAGGCUGGUCGGAGAGACGACGUCUACCACAACGCUUCUAGACCAAGACGUUGAAGAUAAUGCUUCAUAAUACAGACGCAAUGGCCACGGAUACAAGAAGUUCACAGACGACCCCAGAGAUCAGAGAGCAGGAUGUUCGUCCACUGUUUGAAUCCUUUUUAGGAAGGCUGACAGUGGAACGGCAGGUGCUGCUGAAACAAGGCAAACCUGAUUGUGACACCAAAGUUAUGAUAGUCAGUCUGCUUCUGGACAUCAUCGGCUUGGUGACCAAAUGCAUUUCGGAGACCGAGGGCGUGAAUGCGAUCACGUCUGAGGAUGUUCGGUCCAGUCUGGGCGACACGCUCCAUCGGGUUCUCGCUGUGGUUCUGAACGUAAACGUCCAAGUCAACUGUGAGAGCACAACAAUCUUGACCGACAUGAUUGCUGAAGAAGUUGCAAGAAGGUUCAACCGCUCAUCAGACGUCAGCUCCGACACGUUGUUUGACAGACUUGAUGAAAUGGUCCUUCAUGUCCGCUGUAGCUUUAAAGCAUUCAUGGCGAAGAUGAGAGGAGCAUCACGUAGGUCAGAGUUCACUAAACCUUCCAGCCAACUCAUCAAACAACACCGUUUAGACAUUCCCACCAAUCAGGACGGAUCUGUGGAAUCAGAAACCCCGGGGGAGACGUUCUCAAGGGGAUCACAGGACAACUUGACCACACCGACCGACGCUGUCCAAGGACUGAUUAGGAAAAAGCUCGGUGAACUCGCAGGACCUUUUCUGGACGUCAUGGAGGACUCUGAGCGUGAACUGCUGCAAUCCGACAUCGACAGAGAGACUGAAAGUUUUGCAAAGGACAUCGCAAUAGCAGUCGAUGAACUGGUUGAGAGUCUGGGAGCGAAAGACGCAAUGACUACCGGACCAGAAUCCAAAACACGGGUCCAACAGCUCUGGAAAGAAACGAUGGACAAGAUAAAAAUGUUUUCGGCCAAACAUUACGCCAAACAGCUGAAGGAGAAAUUCCUACACAGCGCCACCGCUGAGAGUGACAAAUCAAUCCAGUCCUUCAGUCGGGAUAUCGAAAAUCUGAUUCUGCCAGAGGAUCAUCAACAAGCUGGAAACGAGGCGGUGCUUCAUCGAUUACACAUCUUCAGAGCUCAGCUCCUACACAGCUCUGGAGGACCAGGACCGGGACCGGGACCAGUGAAUGGUCUCAGUCCUAUGGAGGGACCAGGACCAGGACCAGACUAGUGAAUGGUCUCCGUCCUAUAGAGGGACCAGGACCAUUGAAUGGUCUCCGUCCUAUAGAGGGACCAGUACCAGUGAAUGGUCUCAGUCCUAUAGAGGGACCAGGACCAGUGAAUGGUCUCUGUCCUAUAGAGGGACCAGGACCAUUGAAUGGUCUCCGUCCUAUAGAGGGACCAGGACCAGUGAAUGGUCUCAGUCCUGUAGAGGGACAAGGACCAGUGAAUGGUCUCAGUCCUGUAGAGGGACCAGGACCAGUGAAUGGCCUCCGUCCUAUAGAGGGACCAGGACCAGAGAAUGGUCUCUGUCCUGUAGAGGGACCAGGACCAGUGAAUGGUCUCUGUCCUGUAGAGGGACCAGGACCAGUGAAUGGUCUCUGUCCUAUAGAGGGACCAGGACCAGGACCAGUGGAUGGUCUCUGUCCUAUAGAGAAACCCCAACAUUGAAUUGGUUUCAAUACAAAUAAAAGUCAUCAAUAAAAGAAAAAUAUAAUUAAA